AUGAGUGUUGUGUUUCCUUCCUAUCCUUUAAAUCCCGCCUCUUCCUCCUACAACCUCCUUUUCUUUUUUUGUACUAUAUCAACCCAGACUGCAUUAAUUUCUAACUUUCUAACUCCCCUUCCUCCCUUUUCUUUUCCUCCUAUUGAUCCCCCCUCCGUCUUUAGCUCAACUAUCUUUGCCUACCUCCUCCCAUCUAUUUUCUCUAAGCUUGGCUCUUAUGCACUACGCCUCUAUCCGGGUGUGACGUCACGCCACUACAACGUAGUGCCGUGCGGAAGAAGGUUACUAAUGGCUUCCAAUCCACAGGCACCGUCAACAUCAGCAUCUCCUCCACCGGGUUCUUCUCCUACGGCUAACUCUUUGCUGGCCGGUACUAACAUUCCUCUACCAACAGCAGGAGUGGUUAACGAAGAUGUCCCCAUACUGGUUAUGCCGCCGCCCCCGAAGGAACCCCAACAAUAUGACAGUAAAAAGACGAAAGAGGCUACAAAAUAUAGCGCUAAAAUUUUCCGUGACUUCUGCCACAGUCGUGGCAUCAACACCGCCAUUGAAGAUAUGGCCAAAAGCGAGCUGGAUGAAUUAUUGACUGACUUCUACAUCAAUGUCCGUACUCAGGGUGGGCAAUUCUAUAGUUUCUCGUCGUUGGUUGCCCUUCGACAUGGCCUUAAUCGAUACCUAAAAAAUGUGAAUAUCGUCAAUGACCCGGCUUUUCGUAAGUCCAAUUUGUCGUUCAAAGUUGCCCUGAAACGCCUCAAAGAAGCAGGCAAGGGUUCGAUCGAACACAAGGAACCGAUCAGCCAAGCCGACAUGGCCACUCUAUACUCUCACUCACAAGUGUUCAACCCAAACACACCCGAGGGUCUCCUGAACAAAGUCUGGUUCGAGAUUACAUUCUAUUUUUUCCGUAGGGGUCAGGAAAAUCAGCGAUAUCUAACUCCAAACCACUUCGGUUUUGCUACUGACGAGUAUGGACGGAAGUAUGUUUAUAAACGGAAAUCACUUUCUCUUUACACGAACGGAUGUAACAUGGAUCCCACAACUUCCUCCUCCGAUUCGGGUCGUGGGGUUAGAAUGUACGCCACCGGUAAUGCUGUCUGCCCUGUAGCUACUUUCGAACGAUAUCUGAGAAAAAGAAAUCCUCAUGAAUCGGCUCUUUUUCAGCACCCAAGAACCACAUCGUUUCAAGAUUCCAUUUGGUAUAAUGCUUCUCCCCUUGGGAAAGAGGCCCUGUCUACGAUGAUGAAAAGGAUCGCCCUAACUGCUAAGUUGUCUAGGGUUUAUACGAACCACUGCAUACGAGCAACAGCCAAAUUUGUCCUUUUCCAAGUAUUUGAUGCUUUUCAACAGUUCGAUCCUCAGCAAGGCAACUCCAGUAGUUCAAUCGGGGCCCAACCGCAUGCCCAGUCACUAGCUAUGUCUGGAAUAAAUGCUAUUCCUGGUUUAAAUACUUUAACAUCGCAUGAUCUAACAGGUACACACGAUGCAGGUGCUGCUGGGGCCAACAUUGCAGGUACCCUCAAUUACGGAGCCCAUCCUUCUGGGUUGAGAGUAGCUAUGGUUCAGGCAGAUCCAGACAACAGUUUUAUUAGUGCCGCACAUUUGCCAAAUCUCAGUGAAAUAGCCCUCAACCGACAGGAAGCUAUGGAGGUCCAGUCAGCAGUUGCAGCAGCUACAGCAAAUAUAAUUUCCCAACCUCCUAUUGAAUCCUAUGAUCCUGGGCCAGAACAGUCUUUACAAAAUUCUAAAAUGCGGGGUUGCACUGACAAAGACUUGUCAGUAAGUUUCUCUGCAUCUUCACGACCUGCCACAGUUUUUAAAAAGACUUAUGUGGAUCCUGAACAUGCUGAUGGUAUGAUGAAAUCUUUGGCCAGUCUAUGGAGAAAAAGACGUUUAUGUGAUGCCAAAAUAUGCAGUGGUGACAAAAAUGUAACCCUUCAUCGUUUGGUAUUGUUUGCUGCUAGCCCUCAUUUGAUGGAGAAAAAUAUAACAGAUGGUGCUGACCUGGAGGUGGAUAAAAUCCAGAAACAUUGCCGGGAAUUUUCAGCCAGCUUGAAUGAGCACCGGCAAAUGACCAGUUCUCCGUCGAUAUCUGCACCCAGACGCCGUGACAAUCUACCAAAGUCUCAAAAGUCAUCCAACCGUCAAACUGUUGUGCUAACUUUAAGUGAUGAUUCCAAUCCACCAGAAACUUCUCUUGGCCAACAACAACCCCAAGAACACACGUUGACUCUCUCACAUUCACAAAUUGAAGAUCUACAAAAUAACUUAGAUGAAAGAAUCCAGGCUCUUAAUGAACACCAUGCUUAUAUGACCUCUCAUCAUGAUCGCUACCCUCCUGCCACUCAAACAUCUGGCAUCUCCCUACAAACUGCUGCCAAUUCUACCACCAUUUCGCAUGAGAGUGGCAUCAAAACUGAACCAAUUGAAAUACUGGAUGAUGAUAUUACAGACUACAGUCCCUCUCAGGACAACAUAAAACAUAGCAAAAGAAGUUUAAAUUCUAGCAAGAGUUAUGCAGGAGAUAGCCCUGGCUCAGAUGCUAUUCGUCGUUCUUCACAAUCACACACUACUUCCAGUACAGUAACACGGACGUAUUUAACAACUAGUAAGUGUGAGUCAGGGCUAGAAAUGGCAGAAAUGGAUGGCAUUACUACUUCAUGUGCCUCUGGGACUUCACCAUAUCCAGUCAGUUUAGUUGCAUCAUCUGGAGAGACGUUUCCCCUUUAUACUUUAUCAUCCAACCAAUCCUGA